UGGUCAAAGCCGACGGGUGGUAUCGGACACUAGAAUUGACCCGCGCUUCACACAUAUUUCUGCAAAAUUCAGAGGUGAAGCCAAUGUGAGGUGGACUGAACGAGUGAGAAGAAAUGGUGAAACCAAGAGUGUUACAUUUUCAGCAUAUGAAAAGUACUUUGAAACAAAAUAUUACUUUGUUGGAGGUCCUUCUGUACUCACUUUGGUUUACAAAAUUACGUGGAAUACUGGCUGUUUCAGCUCAGGAGCUAACACUUCCACCAGGAGAGCAUGUGUAUAAUUUUUCUGUCAAACUCCCAGAAAAUUUGCCAUCAUCAUUUGAAGGCACAUAUGGCCGUAUUCGUUACACAAUCAAAGCAAAAAUGAACCGGCCAUGGGCAUUUGACGAAAAAGUCAAAGCUUUCUACACUGUGAUAUCACACCUAGAUCUGAAUAAGGAUCCUUUGGUCAAGGAACCUGUAUCACAAGUCACCGAGAAAACUCUGUGCUGCUGCUGUUGCCGUUCUGGCCCUUUGACAUUAGUGGCUAACAUUCCAGCUACAGGAUUUGUCUCUGGUCAAGAGAUACCUAUUACCGUAGAGGUUGAUAAUGCAACUGAGGAAACAAUAAGUGCUGUUACAUGUUCCCUGAAGAAGAAUAUAUGUUUCACAUCCCAUACACCUCGUAAGAAAACAAAGAUAGUAAGAGACAAAAUUGAGACCAUCACAUAUGAACCUGUGGGCCCAAAUACAUCUAAAACUUGGACUAAAAAUUUGAAAAUUCCAAGUUUGCCUCCAUCCAAUUUGAAUAACUGCAGUAUAAUUGAUCUUGAUUACUUUUUACAUGUCAAAGCAGUUAUCAAUGGGACCCACACAAACUUAUAUGUAAACAUCCCAAUAACAUUAGGAACAAUUCCACUGUUAAGCUACAUACCACCUGAAUUAUCCAAACAGCUAUUGGACUCCACCAUUCAUACUCCUCAGCUUCCUCCUUUGAAAGAUGCUCCUGAAAAAUUUCCACAUCCAUCCAUAACUUUGACACCAUAUCCACAACCACAUACACAAUACCCUACUGCACCAUAUUCCUCAAAUAUUGCAGAUAUAAUGGCGCCCAGCACAAGUCAGCAGGAUAUUACAAAUGGACUGCCAAAUCAGUUGAACUUAAUUCCAUCUGCACCACCCCUUCCAUACCCAGAAUUUCCUAAGUAUUCUCAUAUUGUCUUGCUUCUACCUAUAUUUAAGCUGUAUGAUUGUGGGGUACAGAUGAGAAAACAAGUUACUAGAAGAUAG